AUGAUAAAUCAAAUUGCAUUUGUAUUGUGUUUAAUAACAUUCAUUAUCUGUUCAUUCACAUGUUUAUUUUCAUGUGCUAUAUUACUUUGUGUUAUUCAUCAUCUUUAUCAUCAUCGUUUACAACAAAAAGAACGAAUAAUUAUUAUUCAUUGUAUUAAUAUUUAUUCAUUAGUUUCGGCCUAUAUUGCAAUAGUAGCAUUAUUUAAUAUUCAAACAGUUUUAGGAACUUUAUAUGGAUAUAAUUUCAAUUCAUCAUGGUGUACAUCUUUAGGAUAUCUUGCUCCUAUUCUAAUCGGUGGAAUAUAUUGGGCUUUUGUAAAUCAGGCAUUCUUUCGUCUUUGUCGAGUUGUAUAUCCAAGUAUACGAUGGCUUCAAUCAUAUCAAUUAUAUAUUAUUUUACCAUUCAUAGAAUUGAUGUUAAAUUGUAUUUUAAUGAGUCUAGUUCUUUUUGUGCAUGAAGUUGUUUAUCUUCCAAAAGACUAUUAUUGUUUUGUACCAUUUACUAAUGUGUAUAGUAUGCUUUGGCUUGUAUUUAAUGGUUAUGGGAAUCAGAUUGGAGUAUUAUCAUUUAUCUAUAUACGCAUUACAAGUUUUCUUCGUCAUCAAACAAAUAUUCAAACACGUAUAGUUAAACAACGACAAGAACGUGAUUUUCUCAUCAUUCGACGUAUUCUCUUAGUUGUUGGUGUUUUAAUAAGUCUUGGAAUCCCUGCUAUGGGCUUUUUAAUGAUGGCAUUUAUUACACAUGAAGAACAUCCUCUUACGUUCCCAAUUUUUUGGUUUUUUAUUAGUAUAUCAAUGAUAAGCAUAUGCUUAUCAACAAUUAUUUUUACACCACAAUUGAAAAAGAUUGUUGUUAAAAUAAUCCAACAUAAUCGCGUUAUACCUGCGAAUGGCAGUUUGAUAGCUUCGAUUCAAACGAGAAAAUGA